AAAACUUUAAAUACUAUUUAAAAAUGUAUGCUUGAAAAUAUUGUUUUCAAAUGUAAUUAGAGACAAUUCAUUAUAUAAUCAUUAUAAUACGAUAUUCAUUAGUGCAAAUCAAGUCUUAAUCAUCUGAGAAAAAAAAAAAAGACAGAGAAACCGUUGCUUUUUACAUGUAUCAACACACAGAUAAUAAAUGUGUAAGUUCGGUUAAUACAUUUGUGUGUAUAUAUUGGUGUGCAACACAACAUAACGUCAGUCUACACUUUGUAUGAUGCGCGCGCAAACAAUUGAUGCUCUGGCGUUAUUUUGACACGAUCUAUUUUUUAUGUAAACAAACUCUACAUACAUAAAUAAUUAUCAAUUUAAUAUGUAUUUAAUUAUAAUAAUCGUUUAUUAAAUAUAUUUUGUAAAUAAUAAUUUUUUAAAUUAUUUCAAGCACCAUGCUAUGUUCUGGUAAAUUUUCCACUGGAUGGGGACGGUGGUAAUUUUGACAUGAUUCCCAAAGAUUGGAUCGAGGUUGAUGAUAAAAGUCAAAACUUAACUUGUCCAUUUAUAAGUGAAAAUGCAAGCAAAGAUCAACAAGACAAAUGUGACAGGUUGAUCAGAGGUUCAAAGCCACCACUGAAAAAUUGGAAAAAGUAUACGAUUGAUAUUAGGGGAUGCGCAGGCAAUGUCAAAGAGGGGUUGCGACGUUUGGAUCAGCUAAAAGCCAUUGAUUAUGUAUUUUCGACAAGUGAUGAAGAUCUUGAAGACACUGUAAAAAAAAUUAAAAAUUAUUACUUAAAAAAACAUGGUGAUAAAAAAAAAGUAAUUAAAGAUUUAUUGUCUUCUGGUUCUGACGUUUUUUCUGAAAAUUCAAGAAAAGUAAAAGAAAAACAUCGUCCCAAAUCAAAGGGUCAUGAAGACGAUGGCACAGACCAGGAGAUAGGAAAGGAGAAGAAAAACAUCAAAAAAAGUAAUCCAAAAGUGCAGACUGAUUCGUGUCACUCAGAAAGUGAUCUUGAAGAACGCAAUAGUGAUAUGGAGAAAACAGAAUCUGAUGAAGAAUUACAAAAGAAAUCUAAGAAGUUCGCGAAAAAAACAAAAGAGUCUGAUCAUGAAGAACGCAAUAGUGAUAUGGAGACAACAGAAUCUGAUAAAGAAUUACAAAAGAAACCUAAGAAGUUCGAGAAAAAAACAAAAGGUAUACCGGUCUCCAAAGGUGAACAGACAAUAACUCUUUACCAUUUACAAAACCGUUUGUCGAAAAUGGAAGAAGAAAUGAAAUUCAUCGAUAUUACUCAGAAGCAAAUGAUGGACAAAUUAAUAAACAUUGAACACAGACUCUUGAAAAAUGAUUACCGUCAAGUGACUCUGGGACAAGCAUCAUUUUUCAAAGACUUGAAGUGUGAUUCACUCGAGAAAUUUGAUGAUCUUGAUACUCGUUUAGAAAAAGACGAAGAAUUUAAAAUUCAAAUGCAAACAAAUGUUGCAAAAUUCAUAAAUACAAGUAAGCCAAUUCAGAGAAGCAUUGCUGAAAUUUAUCUAACCAUAAACAACUUAUAACUAAGGAAAUUUUGAGCAAUUUUACUGCUCAAAAAGCAACAAAAGAGAAAACAAGAGUCUUUUUACAAACACAGCUGUGGCAGUGUAUUGAAUGUGCAUUAAUUCAAGAAUGGAAGGCCGACAAAAUACCAUCUCCAAAACCAAAAGAAUUAUCCCAAGCUCUUGGUUCAGCUAUCAAC